AUAUUCUUUUAUUUGGGGGGUGUGUGUAUGCGUGUGUGUGUGUGUAUUUUUUUUUUUACUCUCUUCACUCCCUUUACGCUUUUAGCCUACUUUAUUUUUGGUGGUUUAGUGCUCUCUCUCUCUUUCUCUCUCUCUCUCUCUCUCUCUCUCUCUCUCCAUCUAUAAUAGUCUCUCCAUCAAUUAACACAGCUACUCCUCUCCCACAAAGGUUCCCAAGCUAUAGCCAUGGCAGAUCCCUACACCAAUUUCUUCAAAGGAUACUUCCAUCCCAAGAACCCCUUCUCCUCCUCCUCCUCCACAACAUCUCCCUCUCCCCUCCCUCUCCCUCAAUCCCCACCACCCUCCCCUCCCCUAAGAGAAGCCCUUCCCCUCCUCACACUAAGCCCUACAAACCACCACCACCACCACCACCACCAAGAAGAGGAGGAUAACACCUCAUGUAGUGCCUUUGAAGGAGGUGGUGAUCAUCACAAUACUGAGAAGGAGAAAGGAGGAGGAGGAGGAGGGGGAGGAGGAGGAGGGUUGGGUUGUAGUAAUAGUAGUAAUAAUAAUAAUGGAGGAAACAAUUAUGAGGAGGGUGUGACUGUGGCCCUCCACAUAGGGCUCCCAACCCCUGGUGCAGCUGAUCUCAUCUCUAGGGUUUCUUCCUCCACCUCUGUAGAUGAUGACAGCAGCAAGAUGGAGGGAGAGGAGGAUGCCAUGGAUGGCACUAUCCCUCUAGGGUAUCCAACUAUAGGCAGGCUCACCAAGGGACAGUAUUGGAUCCCCACCCCUUCUCAAAUCCUCAUUGGCCCAACCCAGUUCUCUUGCCCUGUGUGCUCCAAAACCUUCAAUAGAUACAACAACAUGCAGAUGCAUAUGUGGGGGCAUGGAUCACAGUACAGGAGAGGCCCCGAGUCCCUAAGAGGAACCCAACCCACCGCAAUGCUGAGGCUCCCGUGCUACUGCUGCGCCCCGGGUUGUCGAAACCACAUCGACCACCCGAGAUCGAAGCCGCUCAAGGACUUCCGAACGCUCCAAACGCACUACAAGCGGAAGCACGGGAUCAAGCCCUUCAUGUGCCGCAAAUGCGGCAAGGCCUUCGCGGUGCGCGGCGACUGGCGCACGCACGAGAAGAACUGCGGCAAGCUCUGGUACUGCGUCUGCGGCUCCGAUUUCAAGCACAAGCGCUCGCUCAAGGAUCACGUCAGGGCCUUCGGCCACGGCCACGCCGCCUACGGCAUCGACUGCUUCGCGGCGGAGGACGACGAUGACGAGCCCUCGUCCGAGAUCGAGCAGGAUUGCAAUCACCGACGACACCGAUCGCGAUGAUGAUCAAUUAAUGAUGAAGGAAGAAGAAGAAGAAGAAGAAGAAGAAGAAGAAGAAGAAGAAUUAAAAGUAAAGGUCUUGCAUGCAUGCAUACAUACAUAUAUAUAUAUGUGGCCUUCGCUAGCUAGCUAGUGAUUAUCAUUAUUAUUAUUAUUAUAUGAUUAAUCAUGUUUACGCACUAUAUGACUUAAUUACUCUACUUAUAAUUUAAGUGCUUUAUAUAUAUAUAUAUAUAGACCCAUUUACAACGACAGUGUAGGAACCUUGAUGAUCUCAAUGUAAAGUUUUGGUUAA